AUGACGCAGAAACAAGUUAGUGAUUUAGAAGAGGAACUAAAGAACACGAAAGCGAGGUUAGAUGAACGGGAUGCUUCAAUCGAGCAGUUUAUGAAAAAGAUUCGGGAUCUGGAAAAUGAACUGGAGAAAACUAGGCAAUCAGAAUCACAAAUGUUGGAAUCAUUGAUGUUUCAAACCCAACAAAUCGAGCAAACUAAAAUGGACUUAGAAGAAUCUAAGCAAGAUGUCAUGGCCCUACAAGAAAAGCUCGAUAACCUUCAAACAGGUGGUAGAAAUGGGUUCGAUCGGAAGGGUGAUAUGGAUUCAUCUUUGAAUACCAAAACCCUGAGAGACGAAAUCACAAUGCUGAGAAAAGAAGUGAAAUCAGCAACAGAAGCUGAGGAGAAAAGCAAGAAAGCUAUGGAUGAUUUAGCAUCGGCUUUAAGCGAAGUAGCGAUGGAAUCCAGUACAGCGAAUGAAAGGCUACGAUUAUCAGAAGAACAAGUAGCCCAUUUGAAAAAGGAAAACGAACGGUUGCGUGAAGAACUUGAGUUACAAACGGAGACAUCCGAACGAUUAAGAGUGGAGUCUGAAGAACAGGUUCUUGCAUGGACCGCGAAAGAAAUGGGAUUUAUAAGUUAUAUAAAGAAAGCCGAUGAAGACAAUGCGUCACUUAAACACGAAAACCAUAAACUAAAUGAAGCUUUAUUGCAACAUGAGAAGAAGGUUUGA